UAACUCUUAUUCAAAAACAACUGCGACGAGUAUUUGGAAGUUUUGCAAAGGGCCAACUUUUGAAGACAUUUUAAACGUGAUUUUCAACUCAUCUCCUGAAGUCAUGGCACCAAUCUUACUUAACUGUAUGGGGAAUGACCACAAUGAGUACAUCAAACAAAAAGUCCAAGUGAAAAAUCCCUACUUGGACACCAUGGAGGAGGAUAUUCUCUAUCACUUCAGCUUGAGCACCAAGACUCACAACCUUCCAGAAAUGUUUGGUGAUAUUAAGUUUGUGUGUGUUGGAGGCAGCGGGAAUCGAAUGAAGGCUUUUGCUCAGUUCAUCCACCGGGAGCUGGACCUGCCCGGAAACCCAGAGGAAAUCAGAGAUAUAUGUGAGGGAACUGAUCGCUACUGCAUGUAUAAAGUGGGACCAGUGCUCUCUAUAAGUCAUGGCAUGGGCGUCCCUUCCAUCUCCAUCAUGCUGCAUGAGCUCAUCAAACUGCUGCACCACGCUCAAUGCCGUGACGUGGUCCUGUUUCGCCUUGGAACAUCCGGUGGAGUCGGUCUGGCUCCAGGGACAGUGGUGGUCACGGAUAAAGCAGUGGACUACUCCUUCCGCCCCCAGUUUGAGCAGGUUGUCCUGGGUAAAGUCAUCACUAGGAGCACUGAGCUGGAUGAGGGAGUGGCCGGCGAGCUUUUGCAGUGCUCCUCUGAGCUCCAAAACAUUCCUACAGUGAUUGGGAACACCAUGUGCACCCAUGACUUCUAUGAAGGUCAAGGCCGACUCGACGGAGCUCUCUGCUCCUUCUCUCAUGAAGAAAAACUGGAGUAUCUGAGGCAAGCGUACGACGCUGGAGUGAGAAAUAUUGAAAUGGAGUCCACUGUAUUUGCUGCUAUGUGCCGUGUCUGUGGCCUAAAAGCUGCUGUGAUCUGUGUUACAUUGCUGAACCGCUUCGAUGGAGACCAGAUCACCUCCUCUCAUGAUGUUCUGGUGGAGUUCCAGCAGAGACCUCAAGUCCUCGUGUCUCACUUUAUCAAGAAACGCCUGGGACUUAUUGUCUGAGACCCUGACGUCUCCCAUCCCAACCCCAGCCUCCCAAAUAAGAGUGUAUAUAGCUGAUAUGUGAAUAUGUAUAUGUACUGUACUUACCAUGUUUAUAUGUGUAUUCCGCUUAUUUCAAAAGCUGUGUAAAUUUGUAUGAUUUCAUUGAUGAAGUUUAAAUAUUAAGCAUGUGGCAUUUAUAUAUAUGUAAGUAUGUAUUUUAUCUUUUAAUAUUUAAUAGUAUUUAUGUAAGCUAACAUUAAUUUUCUAAAGAAGGUGCUCUGUAUGUUGAUUUUAAUGUUUGACUUACACUUAUAUCUCAAUAAAAAUGUUGGCUGUGGAGCAGCAAGUUUGCAAUCUGUAAGCAGCCUCUUGUUACAAAGGUUAUAAAGGAUGUGUUUGUUAGAUGGCAAACUACUUAUUAUUCCUUAGUGAUUUCUCUUAUGACACAAUAAGAUAAAGUGGGCCUUCCUUCAAUGUGUUUCAGUGAUGAAUGUGUUAUCAGAAAACCAGACAUGCAUUACAUUUAGUUGCUUUUGCCACAUAAGCUUGUUCAUACAAAUGCAGCAGAAAGUAACAUAAUUGGUCAAUAAGUAUUGAUAAAUGUGCAGAGAGGUCGUUUUCAUUUGUUGGAGGUGCAUGUUUAUCAUCACUGUGAUACUGUAUGAUUUCUCACAAGGUGCUGUUGAGUAUAAAACCUUCAAUAAAAGUCAAUAAUAGUAA